UUGCAGUACGAUUCUUCGCGGGUCUUUACUGCCCCCUACCCCCCGGCUAGUCUCCGAAAGCGAUUACUAAGCGACAACUCUUAUUUUCAGUUCGCAUUUCCAUUCGAAACGUCAAUUAAACUGGAAGUGACUCAUCUCGAGGUGUCAGUACCUGGAUGUUCUCCACACUCUUGCGUACACUAUCACUGGGUUGACUGGCCGGAUAGAGGCGUACCACCCGCUGAUGCCGCUCCACUAUUUCUUCUGCACAGCAUUGCUAAUAUCAAGACACCCAUAAUAAUACACUGCUCUGCUGGUAUAGGAAGAACUGGAUCGAUGGUACUACUGGAAACGGCUAUGGAGGUGUUAGCCAGAGGCGACCAGUUGGGCGAGAUGAAUGGCUAUCUCCAGGAGCUACGGAAGCAACGAAACAACAGCAUUCAGACUGAUCAGCAGUAUUUAUACGUGCAUCAAGUACUACUCAUAUUCCUACGGAGAACUGGAUUUGUCCCUCAGACACUUCAACCAGCCUUGGACGCUUUUACAAGUGCCUACAAUGCGGCUACCAGUGGAUUCUGA